UUGACAGUUCCGGGAAAAUCCACUGGAAUACUUCACAACUGAAAUCGUGAUUAACAGUUAACUGACAUGUCAUGUAAUGAAAUAAAAGCAAAUCUAUUAACGUUUUUGCUCUAUUAAAAAAGUUACAUAUAGAAAUCUUUCUAAGAAAUAGUUGACAAAUAGGUGUCAGUAUGCUGAGCCGAUCUAUAGUCGUGCAAAGUCUCAGGAGUAUUAGAGAUAGGUUUUUUGAUACAAGACGACAAAGCAAUGAGAAAAGUGAUGGUCAGGGGUCAAGUAAUGAAGUCACGGGCCCCUCUCUGGAUAACCUGACGGUUGACAUGCAGUUUCUCAUUAUGACCUUCCUGUCUCCGCAAGACCUCUGCAGACUGGGAGGCACCAGUACAUACUGGCAGUCAAUGGUUCGAGACCCUGUCCUGUGGAAGUACUUCCUGUUGCGUGAUAUGCCACUCUGGCAGUCAGUUGACCAUUUAUCAGUGCCUCAGGUCAAGCUCACUGGCUCAGCUGUGCUGGAUGACUCUGAGAUGCAGCUGGAUUAUAUGGCAGAGUAUCUACGUGUUUGUCCGGCCUGUCGAAACCAAUGGCAACACCAACCCAGAGCCUUCGAAUCUGUGACUUCCUUCUUCCAGUCUCUUGUACCGGUUUCAGAGCCACAGUUUGCCAUGUUCGGCCCCGGGCUUGAGCAGUUAGAGAUUUCCCUCAUGAAUACAAUCAUGCAUUCCCCUCAUGUACUGCCUGUAGCAGGACUACCUCAGCGUCAGAUUGAUGGCAUUGGAUCUGGAAUCAGUUUUAAGUACAAAGAUCAGCACAGAUUCAAUAUUGCAACUUUAUAUUCAACUAACAGGACAGAGCGAGAGAGAGCACGUCUGGAGCACCUCAAUCUGCGCAGCAAACUCUUUGUCUAUGAGGAGGAUAGUGAGUCCAACAUACCCUUAAGCAUUAACUCCAUGUUUAAUCAAGUUUCUCAAGCUGUGAAUGGAUUCGUCUUUGUGGCCAAUGCUGAGACAGAAAGAGGAACAGACAGAGGGUGGGAGGAGGAAUGUGCCCAGAUCAGGGUAAUGUUAGACCCUGCGGUGGGUGCUGUGUGCCGCCCUAUCCUGGUGCUCUCCUGUGUGUCUAGAGAGACAGCAGACAGACGCAGGAUACCUUGUGUGACCAUUGCCCAUCAGCUUCAGCUCAGCUCACUGCCCAACCCUUGGAUGGUUCAGGAUAUGGCUGCUGAAACACUGACGGGACUGCUGGAUGGUAUUGAUUGGCUGCUGAGGCACUCUGGAGUCAAGCUAUAACCAAUAAGACUGUAAUGAAGCUACUGGAUGCAUCAAGUCACACCAUUAUAGGUGGUUGUGCUCAUUUUACAUUGCCCUUUUCAACAGUUGACCUGUUAUUGUUUUGUCUAAAUGUUGUCCUUUAAUUGACCUUUUGAAUUUUUUUUUAAAGUGGAAUAGCAUUUUUCAUAUAUAUAUAUUUUUUAAU